AUGAUGUGCCGCCCCUGGACCCAGUUCACCCUCUUGGUGACUUUGUGGACCGUGAUGGCCUUGCAGAGCACUCCCACGGCUGGAGCUGAGUUUGAGGUGCAUAUCCCCGAUGUGGGCCUUGCCGCAGAAGAAGACGUGGCGGUGGAACCUGGGCCAAUGGAGGACGAGGUGCCCGUGACGGAUAUGCCUGAGCAAGUCGAGGAAGAACCACAGCAUGAAUAUGAAGACGACCAAAGGUGGGCUGGAGCGCGGAAAGAAUGGCAGGACGAUAUGCAUCUGUACACGAGCAACUUGAACUGUACGUCGGGCGUCAACAAGUUCAACCCCCUCGUACACAAGAAGAAGUAUACAGUUGCCGUUCAUGCGAUUCGUGGGGUAGAUACCGCCAUGAAUUUGUACAACUUUACCAUGGUAGAAUACUUGACCCGAACGGCUGGACAACGUUUCGAUCCUCCUAUUGCAUUUGAGUUGGUCACAACCGAGAUGAUGGACUUGUACGAGAUGAUCGAGGGACAAGAUGUUGACUUUAUCUAUUCCAAUCCUGGUACCUACUCUUGUGUUGGCGUUGAAUAUGGGAUGCAGCCCCUUGCCACCGUUACUUCUCGUCAAACAGUCCGCGGGCACACAUUUGAUCUCGAUGUCUUUGGAGGCGUCAUUUUCACCAGAGAAGAUCGGGAUGAUAUCAAUGUAAUCCAUGACCUCAAGGACAAGAUCAUCGGGGCUGGGGGUAUUGCCCGCAUCAACGCUGGUCCAGCGCAGUUCCACGAGAUGAUUAAAUCGGGAAUGGAUUACGUCAUGGACCCCAAGCAGGUUGUCUUUGCCAGGGAUCAGUUCAAAGUUGUUCAAGGAGUCAUUGAUGGCAAAUAUGAUGUUGGCUUUGUACGCACAGAUCAGCUCGAGCGACACACGGAUGAAAACGGCGAGCCUGUUGAUACAAAUAUCUUCAAAGUCAUCAAUCCCAAGAUCUACAUCAUGGACGAUGGCAAUCUCUUUCCGUUCCUGCACUCCACUGACAUUUACCCAGAGUGGCCGCUAGCUGCCCUGGACCAUGUGGACAAGACUGUUUCGGCAGAAGUGCAGGAAGCCAUCUUGGCGAUUGGCAAACAUGCACUUAUUGGUCAAAGACUCGAGGAAUGCCGUGCUGAGUAUCGGAAUAGAGGAAAGGACAGCAGUCCUUGUGAACAAAAGUCCAUUCCUGAAGACUUUGACCUUGAAGGCACAGCUCGGUGCGACACCACCAAGGCACUUGCAGAACUCUCAUACAAAGCUGCUUUGGCGGGAAAAUUCUCUGGCUACCGGCCACCAAGGUCCUACUUUGAGCCGCGAACAAUGCAGGAAGCUGUAGGUUUGCUGGCCAAGAAUCAUCGAGGGCACUGGCAAUGCACUCGCCUUGACACACUGUACGACGGUGUGGUCUGCCCUGAGGGACACUACAAGGUGAGCCUUGAACAGUUUCACGAAGGUUGUUCACAGAUGGGCCUGUUCUGCGAAGAAGGCAUGGAUUGCUGGUGCAAACCCUGCGUCAUGGCCUUUGAGGUUGAUGUUUAUCCUUACGAUGAACAGGGCAACGUGACGGAUCAUCGAAUCACGGGUGACCAGAAUCAAGAGCAAAUUGAAGCCUGCGGGAAGAUGACUUUGUGUGAUACAAUUGAACAGACCCGGGAGGCCCACUUUCGCGCAUAUGAUAACAGAGGGAGAGAGAAUCCCAAUGUAAGGGUGACAAUGCACGUUGGUGAACAUGACGAAGAACUGGUGGUCACCAGGCAGAAUGGAACCUUUGCCUAUGAUUUUGAUUGGCGUUGGGACACGGUUGCAGUUGGCAUUAUGGAGGUGUACUUUGAUGAUGUGCAAAUCCCGCAGUCUCCCAUUCGAGUCCAAGUUGUCCCCAGAAACUGUGAUAUGGAUGCUGAGCACAAAGGCCAAGGGAAAGUUCCAGGCGAGAGUGGCAUGUGCAUCUGUGGAAGUGGCACCGUCGAGCUGGGAAGCAAAUGUGUCAGCUCCGCUGUCUUCUUCGCCAUCCUUGCUGCUAUUAUUCUUGUGAUUGCUCUGCAACUAGGCGUCUGGUUCCUGGGCUACAAGAAGAGGCAGAGUGACCAGAUGUGGUUGGUCAAUGUGGAAGAGCUGCACUUCAGUGAGCCAGUUGAGAUUAUUGGGCAGGGUGCCUUCGGGGUUGUCCUUCUUGCUGAGUACCGCGGAACAAAGGUUGCCAUCAAGCGCGUCAUACGUCCCAAUGACCGGCUUACCCAUAAGCGAGCUUCAUCUGCACUUACCUCAGCAGAUGGUUCGAAAGAACAAUCUAUGGAGCCAAGUGAUACCGAUCAAAAGAGCCUCGAAUCUGGAUUGGGUGAUAUUGAAUCCCAAGACGUUGGAAGUUCCAUUAGCGAUCCAGUUGUCAGCAAAUCGGGAACGCAAUCUGAAGAGGGAGAUACGCUGGACUUUCUGGGCGGAUUCAGCGUUCGCAAGCGAGGCAAGUUGGCCAAAUGGUUCCCAUGGUUCUGCACCGAAGACCAGAGUAGGAUGAAGACCAACAUUCUUCUAGGAAACUCUGUUGGAGACUCGUCGGUCCACAGCAAGUCCUUGCGGUCAACCUUGUUCCCAUGCACUGACAGGCAGCAUCGCAAGAAGCAAGAGUUCAUUGUUGAGAUGCGUCUGUUGAGUCGCUUGCGACACCCUUGCAUCACAACAGUGAUGGGUGCUGUCAUCUCUUCCGCUCAUGAGCCGAUGCUGGUUAUGGAAUACAUGGAGUACGGAAGCCUUUAUGAUAUUUUGAGGAAUGAGACGAUGUAUGCUGGCGGUGAGAUAAUCUUGCAGAUUGUCCGGGACAUUGCGCAGGGUUUACGCUACUUGCAUUCCUCAAGGCCUCCCAUUUUGCACGGAGACCUUAAGGCCAAGAACAUUUUGAUUGACUCCCGGUUCAGAGCCAAAGUUGCAGACUUUGGUCUCUCCUCAGGCAAGAAGAAGAGUGGCAUUUCAGGAACCCCAUACUUCAUGGCCCCAGAGUAUUUGCGUGGCAAGUCCGAGUACACCACACAAUGCGACAUCUAUUCGUUUGCCAUCAUUUUGUACGAGAUCUAUGCUAGAAAGGAUCCAUACCAAGGAGAGAAUCGUCGAGAGGUGAUGCGCAGGGUUGUUGAUCCCAGGUACAACAAGAGGCCAGAAAUUCCAGAGUGUUGUCCUCCCAAGAUGGUCGAUAUUAUGAAGAAGGCCUGGAGCCCAGAUCCCUUCUUCCGCCCCCAAGCCAAAGACUUGGAUAUGAUGUUUAUGGAUAUGGGCAUGCGUGACACCGAUCCCCUUGCUGCGGGUGAGAAUGUCCGUCCCGAAAGAGCUACGGGGGAUAUGCUCUAUGACCUUUUUCCCAAACAUAUUGCGGACGCUCUCAAAGCUGGCCAGAAAGUUGAGCCAGAGAAUCAUGACAUGGUCACUGUGGUAUUUUCAGAUAUUGUUCACUUUACCGAUAUCUCCAGAACCAUCUCCCCUGUCAAGGUCUGCAAUAUGCUUGACAGGCUGUAUUUGGUGUUUGACCAGCUGGCUCGCCAGCACCAUGUCUUCAAGGUCGAGACCAUUGGAGAUGCUUACAUGGGAGUGACAAAUCUGGAAAACAACAUGAAAGAUACCCACGUCAAACAUAUUGCUGAGUUUGCUUUGGCAAUGGUAGAAGCAGCUGGCAAGAUCUUGAUUGAUGAGGACGAUCCUCGCAGGGGUUUCGUCCGCAUACGUGUUGGAUUCCAUUCUGGCCCAGUGGUUAGCAAUGUGAUUGGCUCACUCAACCCGCGCUAUGGACUCUUUGGCGAUACUGUCAAUACGGCAAGUAGAAUGGAGAGCAACUCCACAAGCCGCAGAGUCCAUUGUUCCGAGAAGUCGGCCCAGAUCUUGAAGGAUCAGGCUCCAGAAAUCAAACUCAUCAAGAGGGGCAAGAUUGGAGUCAAGGGCAAGGGUGAAAUGGUUACCUAUUGGGUUGGUUCUAGCCACAAACACGACGAUUGCGAGGAGCAACCUGACGAGGACGGUGUUCCGAAAGUUAGUUUUGCGGAAGGGUAGGGUUCGUAGAAUCCGUGGUUUGUGUAUCCAAUAACCGCGCAGGAUGUGGAUGGGCGGCAAGUUUGUUUCCUGGGGGUUGCAUUGGCGCCCGUGCGAAGCCUCUAUUUCCCAAACGACGAGUCAAGUCCAGGAGCCGCAGGAAAUGACAUCGUGCAUUACUCAUUGCAUUGUUUUUCACACAAGAUUUUGAAUGGUGGACCUUGUGGCUGGUAGUUCAGUAGAAACCAGUUCAGAAAGAGCCAAGUUUUCAAGUUUUCAAUUUCGAAAGAGCAUGAUUAAUCUUUUCUUUAACACGCAUCUUCACAAUAAUAAUUCCAAAUGACCAUUUGAGCAACCGUCUUUGCAUACAUCUUCAUGCCAUGGGAUGACACUAAUCUUUGGGGAGUGCAGGGCACAAAGGGCGUAUUGCUUGCAAUACCCAAGAAGGGCAGAAUUUUAAUCACCCAAAUAUCUGUGUUGCUAUAAGGAAGCAUUCGACCUUUUUCAGCGCUGCCAUGUCCGGCUCUCUUCUGGCCCUCUUCUCUUGCAUGGUCUGCCAUGGUACUGUCCGGUUCGGAGCCUACAAGUGCGUUUUCCGUCAUCGAGGGCCAUGGUCGCUUUUGUGGAGACAGGAUCGAGCGAGCAGCCUACCUAUGAGUCACGAGUUUUCUUCGAGUCACCA